AAAAGAACUGUUCAAUAUAGCCAUCAAGAUUACAUGUGGAAUACAUAGAUAAAUACACAAAUGGCUGUCCCCUUUGAAGUUAUAGUUGGAGGGAAUUGCAAUUCCUAAAGCUGAAGUUAUUCAAUUCAAACAAAGACAACUAUUUGGUUCAACUUUAUUUCAUCUUUUACGACACUCCCAUCUUUCCCCAAUAUCAAUAAACAGCUCAUUGGACCCACAUCCUUUAUCAAAAGCUUCUUUAGUUCUUUUUUUCUUUCUUUUUCCUUUCUUUUUUACUUGAAUCACUUAACAAUUGAUUCAUAUAAACAAUUUGGUAAAGAUAUCAACUUUCAUCUUCCUCUUUGAGUUUGAGGAUUCUCAUUCAGCCUUAGUUCAGAUGCCUCGCCUAUAUCCUCCACCACCACCACCACCACCAUCACCACCAACUUCCAUAGCUCCACCAGCAAGUUCGCCAUCCAGUGGUGCUGCUCUACCAACAACCAGACCAUCCCCCACCUCAGCAGCAGUUGCUCAAGCAUCUACUCCAACUCAGGCUUCAUCUUCAAGAGAGGCGGAGUUGGCUUCUUUGGAUCAAAUAAUUGUACAAAAUCGAGCUACAAAACCACACACUCCACUGCUAAAUACAAAUCACACAGAUUCAAGUAAGUACAGAAAACCACAAUUACUACAGCAAGCUCGGCCACGACAAACAAAUCCAAUUAUAUGGUGUUUUGCAUUCCUGUGUCUAGCUUUUAGUCUUCUCCUUAUCUUCCUUGGAAUUGCUACUUUGAUCAUUUUCCUGGUUAUUAGACCAAGAAAUCCUUUGUUUGACAUACCAAAUGCAAGCCUCAGCACAAUCUACUUUGAUGCACCUGAAUAUCUAAACGGAGACUUCACCAUUCUCGCAAAUUUCACCAACCCAAACCACAGAGUCGAUGUGAGAUAUGAGAAUGCCGACAUAGAGCUCUUUUUUGGGGAUAGACUCAUAGCAACUCAAGCAAUCCAGCCUUUCAGUCAAAGAAAAAAUGAAAUAAGAUUACAACCUGUUCACUUGACAUCCAGCCUAGUUUUCUUGCCACAAAAUUUUGGGUUGGUACUUCGACGACAGGUACAGAACAACAAAGUUGUCUAUAACAUCAGAGGAACUUUUAGGGUCAAAGCUUCAGUUGGUAUCAUUCAUUACUCUUUCUGGUUGCACAGCCGAUGCCAGUUGGUGAUGACUAGUCCACCAACUGGCAUUCUAGUUGCCCGGAGUUGCAAAACCAAGAGGUGAAGAAGCAAGAUUAUAUAUACACACAUAUAUAUAUUGUGCACCUUCUAAAUUAUCUCUGUGUGCAAUGUCCAAAUAGAUCUGAAAUAUCAGUUAAACAACAUUCAUCUUGUUUGACAUGGUUUAAACCAUUUUUUUUACUUCUACGUUCUGAAACUUAAUGCAAGGAAAUUCUUGGGUCAAAGAGGAUUUGUGUGUGAGCCUUUUUGAUCAGUAGAUACGUGAACCUAGGAUCAGGCUCAUCAGCCAACAUAUAGACUCCAAAAACACACUGAUAAAGAAAAAUAUUCAGUUUAAAACUCUGCCCAGUUGCUGUAAUUUAGCAAUAUCAAUUUGACAUUUUAGUUUGUCAUAAAUAACAAAAGUCUCAUCUUUGACCUCA